ACUCACCGCUGAUACUACGAGGACCCGCCAAACACAGACACAAGUGGACACAUGACAGGCCUGCUAGUUAACCGGUAUAGCUAGUGUUGCUGGCUUGUUGGAGUUGUAAUCAUGUUUGUUGCUCGUAGUAUCGCAGCAGACCACAAAGAUCUAAUUCACGAUGUGUCGUAUGAUUUUCACGGCCGGAGAAUGGCAACUUGCUCCAGCGACCAAAGCGUGAAGGUUUGGGACAAAAGUGAGAACGGAGAGUGGCACUGCACAGCCAGCUGGAAGACACACAGUGGAUCAGUGUGGAGAGUGACCUGGGCUCAUCCUGAAUUUGGACAGGUUCUAGCUUCCUGCUCCUUUGACAGAACAGCUGCUGUCUGGGAGGAGAUUGUAGGGGAAUCUAAUGACAAGCAGAGGGGACUGAGCCACUGGAUAAAGAGAACCACGCUAGUGGACAGUAGAACAUCAGUGACUGAUGUGAAGUUUGCCCCCAAACACAUGGGGCUGAUGCUGACCACCUGCUCUGCGGAUGGAGUGGUGAGGAUCUACGAGGCUCCCGAUGUCAUGAACUUGAGUCAGUGGUCCUUGCAGCAUGAGAUCUCCUGCAAGCUCAGCUGCAGCUGCAUCUCUUGGAACCCCUCCAGCUCUCGUGCCCACCCUCCAAUGUUUGCUGUGGGAAGUGAUGAUAGCAACGUAACGUACGGUGGGAAAGUUCAGAUCUAUGAGUAUAAUGAAAACACACGGAAAUAUGGUAAAGCAGAAACCCUGAUGACAGUCACGGAUGCAGUCCAUGACAUCGCUUUUGCUCCAAAUCUGGGGCGAUCUUUCCACGUGCUCGCCAUCGCAACAAAGGAUGUCAGAAUAUUCAAGCUUGUUCCCAUGAGGAAGGAGAGCACCUCUACAGGACCCACCAAGUUUGAGGUGCAUAUUGUGGCUCAGUUUGACAACCAUAAUUCCCAGGUGUGGCGUGUGAGCUGGAACAUCACCAGCACCCUGCUGGCCUCCUCCGGGGAUGAUGGCUGCGUUCGCCUCUGGAAAGCUAACUACAUGGACAACUGGAAGUGCACAGGCAUCCUGAAGGGAGACGGCAGCCCGCUGACAGGUUCAUCUGGUCAGCCUACAGCCAUGAGCACUGUGGUGGGCUCCUCUGUUCAGACCUCCCAGAAUGCCAUGAACGGGAUGACUGCAGGAAGGAUUGGCAAGAGAGCUCCCUUUGCUCCUCCCCUGCGGCAGCUGACCUCUCCAAAGAUAUACCAGCAUCCUGCAUAUUACUAAUGUCUCUUCUGCGUUAGCUGCCAUUUGCUCUUGUGUCAGUGCAUUUGAAAUGCAAGAUUGUGUGUGUGUGUGUGUGUGACUGAUUUCUUCAUUUUUGGCUUGGAAAUCUGCAUGCUUCUGUACUUCACAGCUUCCACCUUGUUUUGAUUCUUUCAUGUUUUUGACACUGCUUUGACUGGCACAUACGCCUUUGAGAAAUAAACCGUUUUCACCACUC